AUGGGGAUAGACUCUGGAGUCAAUGCUUCAGAUGAUGUUUCACUUUACGGGGGAAAAAGUGCCUUUACCCAACUGGAGCACAACAUAGUGGCUGGAUAUCUUAUCACUGCAGGUGUCAUAAGUUUAGCAAGCAACAUUGUGGUGCUGCUCAUGUUCGUGAAGUUUAAGGAGCUGCGCACUGCCACCAACUUUAUCAUAAUCAACCUGGCUUUAACUGACAUCGGAGUGGCUGGUAUCGGCUACCCAAUGUCAGCUGCCUCAGACAUCCACGGCAGCUGGAAAUUUGGCUACACUGGUUGUCAGAUCUAUGCAGCUCUCAACAUCUUCUUCGGCAUGGCCAGCAUCGGCCUGCUGACGGUGGUGGCCAUCGACCGAUACCUCACCAUCUGCAGACCAGACCUAGGGCAGAAAAUGACGAUGCGAUCAUACAACCUUCUUAUCCUGGCAGCAUGGCUGAAUGCUGUGUUCUGGUCCGCCAUGCCUGUGGUGGGCUGGGCUGGUUACGCCCCUGACCCCACCGGAGCUACAUGCACCAUCAACUGGAGACAGAAUGACGCCUCCUUCAUCUCUUACACUAUGGCUGUGAUUGCUGUGAACUUUGUGUUGCCUCUGUCCGCCAUGUUUUACUGCUACUACAACGUGUCGGCCACUGUGAGGCGAUACAAAGCCAGCAACUGCCUGUCCGGCGUCAACAUCGACUGGUCGGAUCAGAUGGACGUAACCAAGAUGUCCAUAGUAAUGAUUGUCAUGUUCCUGGUGGCCUGGUCUCCGUACUCCAUCGUGUGUCUCUGGGCAUCAUUUGGUGACCCCAAGACCAUCCCUGCCCCCAUGGCUAUCAUCGCUCCACUCUUUGCCAAGUCCUCCACCUUUUACAACCCCUGCAUUUAUGUCAUUGCCAACAAAAAGUUCAGAAGAGCCAUCAUAGGGAUGGUUCGAUGUCAAACCAGGCAGCGAAUCACCAUCAAUACCCAGGUUCCCAUGACAACCUCCCAACAACCCCUGACCCAGUGA